AUGAAAGUAUCGGUACUUUUUACAUUUCUCAGUAUCGGUGGCUGUUGGAGACCGAUCUCGUGGUCUUCGACGUACAAAACGGCAAUCUACAAUGUCUACACCGUUCUCGUAUUAAUCAUGGGUGUUAAUUUCAUGGUUUCGCAAUUUGGCAGCAUGUUCACCAUAGAAACCGUACAAGAUUUCGUCGACCUUACUUACAUAUGCGUCUCCGUGUUCGUCGGUUGUUGCAAGCUGUCAAACGUGGUGUUCUAUCGGAAAGAUAUCAUAGACCUGAUGAACAUCUUCAUGGAGGAUCCUUGUGCAUGUUCGAACAAGGAGGAGGACCAGGUGCAAGCGAGAUACGACGAUCAAUUACGUAGCAUAACGUCGGAGAACAAGGGUGUUUUACGAAGAUGCAUUCGUCAUCACGACAGAAUUUACCGUUUAGCUGAAAUAAUGAACGACAGUCUACAGCUGACGAUGUUCGCCCAGUUUUUCGGAAGCUUUAUGGUGAUCUGCCUGAGCCUGAUUCAGUUGUUAAACGCAGAUAUUCUCAGCACCGAAUUCUUAGCGACGAUAUUUUAUCUGAGCUCGAUACUGCUGCAGAGCUUUCUUUACUGUUGGUACGGAAACGAAAGCGUAGAUCUGGCAGACGUGAUGUUUCACGUAGAUUGGACGGGAUUGAGCGAGAAAGGGAGGAAGAUCAUUUUAUUCGCGAUGACGAGAACACGAUCGCCGAUUUUAUUCGAGAGCGUUCAUGUGAUCACGGUGAACAUCGACUUCUUCGUGGUCGUCAGUAGAACACUAUAUUUACACUUUUCAAGGCUGGAUAUAUCUAACCACUGUGCUAAACGUUUGUUGUUUCUAAUGGUCUGA